AUGUAACUUUCCUGAUAGGUCACACAUAGAUGAGUGAGGAGCGACUGUGAAUGGAGGCGUUUUUUGGUAGAGAAUUUGAAUUACAGCAUCACAUUACAGUCAUCUCAUUCUAGUUUACACGAUGAUACGAUCACUGUGUCGCGCAGGCGGGGUUCUUCUUCAGCAAAGUCGCCGAACAGUGCCGAGGUUGUGGGUGUCCCCGGUUCAGCAGCGAUGGGCGUCCAGUCUGCCCAUGAACACGGUUGUCCUGUUUGUGCCUCAGCAAGAAGCGUGGGUGGUGGAGAGAAUGGGUCGCUUCAAUCGCAUCCUAGAACCGGGAUUAAAUUUCCUCAUACCUGUACUUGACCGAAUCCGGUAUGUGCAAAGCCUCAAAGAAAUUGUCAUUGAUGUCCCAGAGCAGUCUGCAGUAUCCUUAGAUAAUGUUACUCUUCAGAUUGACGGAGUUCUGUAUUUAAGAAUACUGGACCCUUUCAAAGCUAGUUAUGGUGUUGAGGAUCCUGAAUAUGCCGUCACGCAGCUGGCACAGACCACUAUGCGUUCAGAACUGGGAAAACUCACAUUGGACAAAGUCUUCAGGGAAAGAGAAUCCCUUAAUGCCAAUAUUGUGCACUCCAUCAAUCAAGCUUCAGAUGAUUGGGGAAUCCGUUGCUUGCGGUAUGAAAUUAAAGAUAUUCACGUUCCACCUCGUGUGAAGGAGUCCAUGCAAAUGCAGGUAGAGGCUGAACGUAGAAAAAGAGCUACAGUGCUAGAGUCCGAAGGGACAAGGGAAUCGGCCAUUAACGUCGCAGAGGGACGUAAACAAGCUCAGAUUCUUGCUUCAGAGGGUGAAAAGGCAGAGCAGAUCAACAAAGCGGCAGGUGAAGCCCAAGCAGUCUUAGCGAAAGCUGAAGCCAAAGCCAAGGCCAUCCGUUUGUUAUCUGUUGCCCUCACUGAGCAGAAUGGGAAUGCAGCAGCCUCACUAAGUGUAGCUGAGCAGUACGUGUCUGCAUUUUCCAACCUUGCCAAAGAGUCCAACACUGUCCUUCUCCCAUCAAAUACUGGAGACAUAAGCAGCAUGGUUACACAGGCCAUGAGCAUUUACAGUACAUUAGCAAAGACAAGUUCGAAGAUUCCACCAGAAGAAGCGGAGAACAGUGAAGAUGUUUUGGAUGCACCAGAAACUAAAUAACACAUGAAACUAUCAAUAAACUCGGAACACAACAGACAAAACAUUCUUUUCAAUGGAUUGCCAUUGAAGUGUUGUGCUGUGAAGUAAGAUUACAAACUAUCAGAGCUGCGGGAGUGGAAUUUUCAAUGACUGUCACAUCAGCAAUUCUUCUGAUUGCAGUUAAUUUUGGAAGUUGCUCAAGUUUAUGAUUUACAGAGAAUCUGAGCUUCAUUUUGUCUUUCUCAUAAUAUUUCCUUUUUUACUGUUUCCGUUCGUCAAUGUGAGAGGUGCUUUUCAAAUAAUCUCAGAAUUUAAAUUCUUCAUAUGAGUAAAGAAGGUACAUUUUUGCAGCAUGUGUAGAUACACCGAUGUGAAGUAAAACAUGAAGUAGUCAGCACUUAAAUUCAAACCAGUUAAAGAGUAAAAGCAUUUUUAUUUAGAAAUACUUCCCCUUUGUUCAGUUGUCAGUAAAUAAACCUUCACAGUUAUCUCCAGCCCUUGUCUGCAUGGCUUCAUUACAUUUCUAAUAUAUUUGUGUGCCUUUUUGAAUAUUUUUACUGGCUGAAGGCCUGUCAACUCACCACUUACCGUACAUUUUGUUGUUGUUGUUCUUGUGGACACUUAAGUUUGAAGUCGUACUCCACUGUCAUUCAUGAACUGAUCUUCUUGAAAUUUAUGUAUUAGCUAUAUACAGUAGCAUGGGCCAGUAUCUAUCGAUCCUCAGAGCCCAUUUAAUUACACUGGUCUACAAGCAAAAUGCUUCCUGGAUAAAAGUAGUGAGACUUUACUAAACUUGGGUCAAUAAAAAAGAAAACCAAGUCCAGAAGUGUAAAUCGGCUAUAGUUUUCGAGUGACAGUAUCUGCCCGAAAUGUUAAAAUCCAAGCAAUUUAAGCAAAAAUGGGUAGUGAUUGAAAUUGUCAUUUCCGGGUAAACAUAUUUACAAA